AAGCUGAAGGUCCACAGAGUGGGAGACUCGAGAUGACGACGCCGAAAUCCCGACGAGGGAUCCUCGCGUGAAGGAAAGGCAGACUCUGGUGGUCAAUCGGGCGCCGCGCACCGCAGUAGCGACGCGUCACUGCACCCCCGUUUAGUUGCACGUGCUCCAUCGCACCGUCGCUUAUCGCCCAACCAGGCGCAAUAAACGACAAAUAUAUUCCUCAUCAUCGGUCGUACGGAUCACUUGGUCAUCAUACUUUGUCAUCAGGAUAAAGUUCGACUCUGGUUACUCGAACCGAUGCACUUGAAGUGACAGGAAAAAUCGACAUUUUUCAUAAGAAAGAAGAAAUCGGUAAUUAUACACCAAGUACACAGUGAUUGCUCUAUAACCGUCGGCUAAAAGUGGUGAUUUGUCAAACACUCGAGUUGUUAUUGCUCCUCAAGUACUGUAUUAUUACAAUCUCCAAGUCAUUGGACGGUGCUAUCAGUGCUUAUUUCUAUUGGUGCGAAUUAUUUUAUAACUCAUUUACUACAACGUGCAUUCUCUGGUUUACCUAUCUACACUUGUUGAGUAAAUGUACCACCAGGAAUCAUAUUAACCGUUUUACAACAUCAACUAAUCAUUUAAAUAAACUAUUUAAAGUGUUAAUCUGGAAUCAGUUGCAAUAGUUAUCCUUUUCUCUGGUGUCAGGACCCGGCCUGAUCACGGCCAUUCUCGACACGCAGUGUGUUAGCGUGGCCGGAGGCGGCGGGGGUGUCUCGGGUGCCGGAAGUGACGGCGUCUCAGAUUACCCGCCGAGCGCUGCGGCUGUUCGGAGCAGAGAAGCGGCCGCGGCGGCACUGCACGCGGCAAGAACGUUGUUGGGCGCGGGGGUGGCUAACCCUUGCUCGUCCACCCCCGAGCCAUCCUUCUGGAAGAUGCCACACAAAGAGGAGGAUUUGAUGCACGGGGGCGGUCCGGGUAUUGGCGGGGGUUCUAUGGUCGGUCAGAACUCAAUAUUUGGGUGCUCGGCUGCAGGACACAGUGGGGUCAACCAGCUUGGUGGCGUUUACGUUAAUGGCCGACCAUUGCCGGACUCGACGAGGCAAAAGAUCGUGGAAUUGGCACAUAGCGGUGCGAGACCGUGUGACAUUUCGCGCAUACUCCAAGUCAGCAAUGGAUGUGUCUCCAAAAUCCUUGGGAGAUAUUAUGAAACUGGAUCGAUAAAACCUCGAGCGAUUGGCGGCAGUAAACCACGCGUUGCAACAACUCCGGUGGUAAAUAAAAUUGCUGACUACAAGCGUGAAUGUCCAUCAAUUUUCGCCUGGGAAAUUCGUGAUCGGUUGCUUCAGGAAGGCGUUUGCAACAAUGACAAUAUUCCUAGUGUGUCCUCCAUCAACAGGGUGCUUAGAAACUUGGCCUCGCAGAAAGAGCAACAGGCAGCGGCUGUACAGGCGCAUCAGGGUGCUGAAAGUGUCUACGAUAAGUUGAGGAUGUUUAAUGGGCAAGCAACAGGAUGGCCACCAGCAUGGUAUUCAGCAACACCAUCACAUCAUCCUCUAGCUACAGGAAUACCUACAACUGUUACACCUGGAACUGGUCAGUCUCUCUUACCUGGUGGUCAACUUCAUGGUCGUGAUGAUUCUCUGCUCAAACGAUCUGAUGCUGGAUCAUUGUUGUCACAUCAACAAGAAACAACGUCAGAUGGUAAUUCUGAACACAAUUCCUCUGGAGAUGAAGACUCUCAGGUGCGGCUGAGGUUGAAGCGCAAACUCCAACGUAAUCGCACGUCAUUCUCAAACGAGCAGAUCGACGCUCUCGAGAAAGAAUUCGAGCGGACACAUUAUCCGGACGUGUUUGCGCGGGAGCGUCUCGCCGAGAAGAUUGGAUUGCCUGAGGCACGUAUCCAGGUUUGGUUCAGUAAUCGCAGGGCAAAAUGGCGAAGAGAAGAAAAAUUACGUAAUCAACGAAGAGCUGCUGUUGAUCAAGUUGUUGGUGGUGCUGCUACUGGAGGGGCAGGAAGUGGUGUUGCUCCACCUGCAGCUACACCUGCAACACCUCGGAUACCUCUAAAUGCUGGUUUUAAUGCCAUGUAUUCCUCAAUACCACAACCAAUUGCCACUAUGCCUGAUACUUAUGGCUCAAUGACUAGUAGUUUGGGUGGAUCAAUGGGAAGUAGUUGUCUUCAACAACGAGCUGAAGGGUAUCCAGCAUAUGUAUUUCACGAACCUCUGCACUCGUUGACGCAAUCUUAUUCUCAUGCUCACACAACUGCAGCACAUUCGCAACCCCAUCGUGGCAUACCGACCUCCCAUGGUGGAACACCGAGCACACCAGGGGGUCAACCAGGAGCUCCAGGAGGGACACCAUACCAACCCACGACUUCUACUGCGACUGGAGUGAUAUCAGCAGGAGUAUCAGUACCAGUUCAGAUUCCAUCUCAAACUCCAGACCUAACAAGUAACUAUUGGCCACGGCUUCAGUGAUCCCAGCUCUUCGGGUUCCCGCCUGCGAGUCUUCUCGUUGGCCAGGAGAGCCCACCUUCAACACCUGGAACGGUUGCUCGGCCACUUUUAGCUUCGCUAGGAAUAUCCACGCAACCACCACCACCACCAUCUUCCACCAUACAUCAAACUAGUACACCUUCAACAACACCAGUCAACACAUCAGACGCCAGUGAGUGAAUGUAUUACAAGCUACUGGGACAAAUUCUCAGUUUUUCAUUUGACAAUUCAACAUCAACUUGAACUCUUUAUCUUACUCUCUCGGCCUGAAAACUUUGCAACAAACUGAACAAAAGUAUCCGGAUCAUGCAGGGUUGUGUACUUGGAUAUUUAGCUUACAAGUUUUAGAUUCUUUUUUUACUUUUAAUUAACCCUUAAUUUAGGUAACUCCUUUUUUUUUUUAAAUUUUUUGUAAAAAAAAUAGCAGAGAAUCCAGGCAGUUUUAUUAUUAAUUCAACAUUUAAUAAUAUUUUAAAUCAAAACAAUCUUCAGACCAAUUUGUAGGCAUCUUUUUGUUUGGAUACCUACUCUUAAUCAUGUUAUCAACCUUUGUAAUGUUGUAAAUCAAAGAAAUAUUAAAGCUAAAUUAAGGGUUAAUACACCACAGUUCACUCAUUUAAAUUUUAAAUAAUAACGUCAUAAAAGUAAUUUCCGAUACAAAAAUAUCGUGAAAAUAAUUUUAUCAGAUAAAAAUCACUAAAAUGAAAAAUUUAGUCGAAGAAAGUCUUUUAAAAGAUCGAUUGUACCAAAUCUAACGUCAGUGCAGUAUGGUAAUUGCAAGUAGUGAAGGGAUAGUAGGGUAGUGGGAGGAUGAAUGAGUAGAAGAGGGUAAGGAUAAAAAGAAUAGAAAAGAAGAAGAUCCGACGUUUUUUAACGACGACUGGUGGUAUUCUCGCGAGGUUUGCUGGGGUGAUGAGCUGUUUUUGGGUGGUGGAAUGAAGGGAGCGUCUGAUAACUACGAGGGUGAAUUUCUUAGGGUCGGCCAUCGUAUUCGUCUAGAGAUAUGGCGUCGUACAACCAAAACUAUCAGUUAUAUGCGUACAUUUUUAUAUUGAAAUGCUUGUUUUUGUUAUAUUUAUUCUCUGGAUUACUCUGUAAACAAGUUACCUUCACUGCAACUUUAAAGAGCACAAGUGUUUGAUAAAAGUAUGUUUUUUAAAAAGACUUAUUCAAAUGAUUCCAAUUCAUUUUUAUUAGUAGUAAUUUUAUACUCGCUCUCAUUUGAUACUUGAUUAUUAAACAAUUUUUUAUUUUAUUUUAUAAAAAGAAUUAAAUGUCAAUAACAUACACUCCAAA